AUGUGGUCCUACGUUGCUGCCGCCAAAAGAUCGGCACGACCACUGUUAGCGUCAUCAUCACUGCAAUUACCGCCAAGACUGAGGAGUACCGGACGCACUGUCCAAAGUUGUCGGUACUUUGCCUCUGGAAAGGAUGGAGGUGACAAACAAAAUCAAAACAGGAAUAAAAAUAACAACCAUAACCAAGGCAAUGCAAAAGGAAGAAGGCCAAAGAAGCAAGGUUAUAAUGAAAAAUUCUUAGAUCCUGCUGCGCGUGGGGAAUUGAAGAAACACCAGUCUGGCAUUCCCAAGUUGGCAGGACGAAGGCCCAAGGGAAACAGUGUAAAGGGGGCCGACGUUUUGCCAGAAAAAGAGGAGGAAUGGGGCCUUGAGGAUGGAGAUAUUGCAGCACCUGUCGAAUUUAGAUCACAGCGAAAAGAGCGAAAGCCUGCGAAGAGCGGAAGCAUUGCCAAGGGCAGUGCACUUGAAGAACUUAGCCCAAAGGAAAACAAGGAAGUCAUGGAUUUUAUCAACAUGUAUCAUGCGCUUGGAAACACUGCAGAUGUAGAAAAGUACUAUUGGGACGAGGUUGAUUACGACCAAACGGAUGAGGCAAAGAAACACGCAAAGUUCGAGGAAUUGAUGGCCGAAGCAACAAGAGAUGCCGAUGGCAACCUUGUCGUUGAAGUGGAGGAUGAUGUGUUUGCGAUGUUCGAUGAGGUCAAAGACGAGCCCAAGAAAGAAGACGAUAGACAACAGCGGCCACGAGGAGGAUUCGGAGACCCUGCCAAUGAUCCAAACUUUCAGUUUGUAAUGGAGCGACUGGGAAUUGAAUUCAGCAAAACACCACCUGGUCCUGAGUAUGAUGCAGUGACUCCAUUAGACGUGCAAGGCACUAGCAUGAGUGAUUUUGUGGAGGCCAUGUUGAAGCAUCCAACAAAAUACACAGAACUUAGAUACAAUGCCCAGCAUCCUGAAAGUACUCGGGAACCCCUUCCUGAUAUGCCACCUUCCAGAAAGAAUCCGUCAAAAGAAUUUCUGGAGGCCAAUGUGCGAUUUAUUUAUGUUUGGGGACUCCCUCCACUCACAGUCAAUGGAAACCCUGGAGAUAUCGAGAAUCCAGUUGACUCCCUGGAGAUCCAAAAGACUGUUGCAGGCUUGUUUGAUGUCUCGCCAGAAGAUGUCAGUGCCGCUAGUCUAUCGUCAGCAUUUAUUGGGUUCCCUACUGCUGCUGAUCAACGGGUUACUCUUGCUGUUGGCCCCAUGCAAGACAUGAUUGAGAGCCCUGUCACAAUGUCCCAGUACUCCCCAGACAGCGGCAAGCAGUUCGCUAUGUUUGAUGGUGCUGAAGGCUCUCUAGUGUUGUUCUCGGGGCUUCCGUCUGGAACCACACCUUUUACCAUUGCCAAUUCACUUUUCCCAACUGGCAGUGAAGUCGGAGAAUUGUAUGGCAACAUUGAUAUUAAUGAUAUUGUCAUGCUUUCACCGAAUUCUGCAGUUGUCAAGUACGAGUCUAAAGAUGUUGCCGAUCAUUUAAUCGGCUCUGAUAUCGCACAACAGCGCCUGGUUGAGUUUGGCCAACAUCGCAUCCGCUACAGCAAGGCCAGAAGAGAGUUGAAUUAUUCUGGUUUCCAUGGUGGUCCUGGUGGUCAAGACAGGCUAAGAAAGCUUGGCUCUCGGAUGGUUGUGGAUGGAGACAUGCCAACCAAGGACUUUUUCCUGUCUCAUGCUGGUACUCUAAUGCUCCGAAACUUGGAUCCAUCCGUGACAAAGGAAAACAUUUCGAAAUUCUUUCAACCCUACUGCACCCUUGCCCGCGACCUGGAAGGUUCCGUCGAGUUUGUCACUUGCCACAAGGGACUACCCACUGGAAAGGCCUAUGUUGGGUUUGACGAACUAGGCGAAGCAGAAGCCGCCUUUGAGGCACUCAAGGCAAGUGGUGGUCGGAUUACUUCCGGCAAUUUGGGUCCCACCAGCGUUGUGGUACGAAGCGUCAAGGAAUUGGACAAGAUGAAUCGUGAAAAGCGUCAAACUAGAAGCGACGAAGAACUGUUGGAAAGUCUCCACAACUGGGAACAAUACGUCGACCCAGCCGAUGUCGACGAAUUGGUCCAAUUGGGCAUUAGCAAAGAUGCUUUGGACGAAGCUCUACGAGCUAUUCGGUAUCAAAACCCAACUUUUGCCAGUUUGGAUCAAGCUUUGCGAGAUGAGACUACCAACCCAGACAAGGAUGUUGGAGGAAUGUACCGCGAAUUGGUACAAGAAUACAUUGCUACUUUGAAGGAGUGCGUUUCUACGCCUGAGAACCCAGGUGUCGUGUACGAGAGUCUCUUCUUCCCCGACGAACCAAUCGACAUGGAAAUUUUUGACGAUGAGGUGGAUCGACAAGAAGAAUUGGCCAAGAAGCGUGAGAUUCCAUAA